AUGACCUCUAUUAAUUUCAACUCGUUUAAUGAAAACUGGUUCAAAAACCCACCAAAAAUCCCAUUCCAACCCAUAAACCUCCUGCAAUCAUUCUUCAAACCUCACUCCAAGACCCCAAAUUUUGCUUCCAUUACAAAUCCUUUUUCCAGAAAGCCCCAGAAUGAUCCAAAGAAACCCGGGAAGUACCGCCAAAUGCUGGAUCAAUUCUACUGGGAGUGCGAGAAUUUGCCGGACUACCGGCACACCCCGGAGGUUGAAAGGAUUUUGAAUGAGGACCCAGCUAUUGAGAAGAAAGAAAACCCGACCCAGGAAGAAAUUGAGGAGAAUGAGAAGUGGUGGGCUGAUCUUCGGGAUAGCCCGGUUGCUCAGUUCUUGGCUCAGGCUGAAGACAUUGCUGAUAAGCUUAAUGAGCUUGAGCUCAAGGAGAAUUCCACUCCUUACAGGAGAGAAGACAAGAAAUUGUGGCAGGCAUUGCCAAAUGUGAUUGGGCUGGACGGGAGGCCAAUGCCGAGGAAGUCAAUAAAGUCGAAGGGGGAGUCGGAUGAUAAGUUCUGGGAUUUUGCAAGGCAGUUCUUUUUCGGGCUUUGGGGUUUCCAGCAACGGCCGUACCCACCAGGGAGGCCUAUAGAUGUUGCUCAGGCUAUAGGGUACAAGAAACUUGAGAAGCGGUAUUAUGAUUUUAUCAUGAGGAGUGGUGGGUUUUACUAUAAGGAUCGCUUGGGUCGUACAAGAGGACCAAUGGAAUUAAUUCAGCUUAAAACUGCUUGGGGUGCUGGAAUUAUUGAUAAGCAUACGUUUAUAUGGGGUGAAGACAUGGAUGAAUGGGCACCUAUUGGCAUGAUAUAUGGUAUGGAGCGUGCAAUUGCCACUUGGGAAGUUAGAUUAGGUGCUGCUGCAACAGCUUUCCUUCAUAAACUACAGAAAGGUAUACCGCCUUGGGUUCCACUAAAGGGGUUCGAGGAUAAAACAUAUAAGCAGCUCCAAGAAGAAGCAUGUGAGAGCAAAAGGCGUGAUUUAGCUGUGCUAGAAGCUAACAACGGUAUUUGGCCCGGUGUAAGGACACCUAGUCAUGCCCUGUUUCUUUGGGCAGGUGGCUCGGAGCUAACAUCAAUUCUGGAAGAGGACCACAUGCCCAACAAAUACAUCCCGAAAGAUCUUAGGCUUGAAUUGGCUAAAAUUAUUCCUGGAUUAAGGCCAUGGGAGGUUAUAAGUGUCGAACAAGCCAUGGAUCAGAUCACCUAUGGUGGCGAGUGGUUCCGUGAACCUCUUGGUACAUUCACGACUGGCCCUCCAUAUAUUCGUGACUGGAAUAAGGAUGUGAUGAGAUUGUUUCAAAUUUUCUACAGCCUAAGUGUUCAAGUGUACAACAAACUGGAGCGGACUAUUCCGGGUUUCAGCAGUGUCAUGGAGAAGGUCCAAGCUGACUCUAUCGCAAGACAGGACAAACGGAAGGCAAAGAGGGCUGCACAGAUGAGGGCCGAGGAAGGAGCUGCAUUGUUUGGUCGAGUUGAAAGUGAUAAAUAA